CCGUCGCCUUCCCGGUCAACCACUACCAUUUCAACCUUUGCCCUGUUCAACGACAAGACGAGUAGAAGUGCUCACGCAGUUCAUUGCCCCGUCUUCCUCCUAUAAAAGCCUUGUCCAUAGAUAAAGAUUUGAUUGUUAGUCCUAGAAAGCACCCAGAGAGAGAAGGAAGAAGAGGUCAGGGACGAUGAAGUCCAACAGGAACCUUUCGAGAGCAGAGGGGCGGAGGCUGGGGAAUGCGGCGCUGAUCGCCUUCAUGCUCGGAUCCCUCCUCCUGCUCUCCGUCAUCAGGGCAAGGUUCUCCCCCAUCGGCAAAACAGGGGAUGCCAUCAAAGCAGAGGAGGAGCAGCAGGGAUUGGUGAGCAAGGGCAGCGUCAAGAUGGAGACCGCCGAUGAAGCUGCAGUUUCAACUGCAGAGGAGGAGAAAGAAGAAGCUCACACCAAAUCAGCCGACACGUUCGGCGGCGGCGGCGUAAGCGCGAGUACCCCGGUCGUCACCGUUGACGCCACGGACCGCGUGAUCAAACCGGUGUGCUACGAGACGAGCCGGCGGUCGGACACGUGCGAGGCCGCCGGCGACGUCCGCGUGCAGGGCCGCAGCCAGACCAUCAACGUCGGCCCGCUGGACCACGAGUGGAGGGUGAAGCCGUACUGCCGGAAGCACGACGCGUUCGCGCAGUCGCACGUCAAGGAAUGGACACUCCGGCCCCUCUCCUCCGACGGUGGCGCGGCGCCUCCUCCACCGCAGUGCACGGUGAACAGCUCCGCGACGGCGUUCGUGAUGUCCACGGGCGGGUUCACGGGCAACCUGUUCCACGACUACACGGACGUGCUCAUCCCGGCGUUCAUCACGGCGCACCGGUUCGCGGGCGAGGUGCAGUUCCUGGUGAGCAGCUUCAAGUCGUGGUGGACCAACCGGUACCUGCAGAUCUUCCAGCAGCUGAGCAAGCACGAGGUGAUCGACAUCGACAACGACGACGAGGUCCGGUGCUUCCGCAACGUCGUGGUCGGGCCGACGUUCCACAAGGAGCUGGGCAUCGACGCGGCCAAGGCGCCGCCGGGGUCCUCCAUGGUGGACUUCCGCGCCAUGCUGCGUGGCGCGUUCGGGCUGGAGCGCGCCACGGCGGAACCCAGCGGCGACCGGUGGGACAUCCGUCGGCGGCCGCGGCUGCUGAUCAUCGCGCGCCGGAGCUCGCGCGCGUUCCUGAACGAGCGCGCCAUGGCGGACAUGGCCAUGAGCCUGGGGUUCGACGUGCGCGUCGGGGAGCCGGACAUCACCUCGGACGUGUCCAAGUUCGCGCGGCUGGUGAACUCGGCGGACGUGAUGGUGGGCGUGCACGGCGCCGGGCUGACCAACAUGGUCUUCCUCCCCGCCGGCGCCGUGCUCAUCCAGGUGGUGCCCUACGGCGGGCUGGAGUGGCUCGCCCGGAGCACCUUCCAGGAGCCGUCGGCGGACAUGCAGAUCCACUACAUGGAGUACAUGAUCCAGCUCGACGAGACCACGCUGAGCGAGCAGUACCCCAAGGACCACCCCGUGCUCAGGGACCCGAACUCCAUCCACAAGCAAGGCUGGAACGCGCUCAAGACGGUGUACCUCGACAAGCAGAACGUUAGGCCGCACCUGGGCAGGCUCAAGAUCACCUUCUUGGAGGCGCUCAAGCUCCUCCCCCAUGGACAACAGCAGGCCAACAACAACUGAUUGAGCAAUACGGCCGGCAUCAUGUUUAUGUACAUUGCGCGCUAGCUGCGAUCGAUCGAUCGUUCGUUUCUUCCAUGAUAAUCUAAUCUUGGAUUAUAGGUAGGAAAACAUACAGUAGAUGGUGGGUUAAUUUGUCCAGUUUCUUUGGUUGUUUGGAGGCUGUGCGCGCUCAGCGGCCGGAGUUCUUACAGUUACAGGUUCUAUACAAAUGCAUGGAGAUGCAUGUAGUAGGAGAUGCAUUUUCAUCUCAACUUGUUUCUACCCCUGCAUCCGGUUUGUACCAAGUCCUGCAGCAAAAUGGUGUAGUACGAUUGAAGAAGCAUGUGGAAUCUAUCAAUCCAAUACUAUAAAGCGAGCAUUCCAAU